GUAAAGAUGGCGGCAAGUCAUUCUUUUCCCUCCAUCGGCCAUCUCUGUCAGAGGUUUGAUUAGUUCCAAGUAUCUCAAUUUUUUUUGGCGCGUUCCCUUCCUGUAUUUAUUUUAUUCAAAGAUUCUGCCUUUCUUCUUCUUCCUUCCCUAGGGAGUUUUGGGGAGUUCGGUCUUGGCAUGUUCGAGCAAAGGAAAGCAAAGAUUGAGGAUGGCGGCAGUGCAUAUAGAAAAUACAGGGGCCAGCCUGGAACUCGAGGUACGGGAAAUUCUCCUUUGUUUUUUCUGGUUCUGCCGCAUUCUGCAACCUGACAGAGACAGACACUUGGCUUUGUGUUUGGAUUUGAUUAAUCAGUAAUCAAACACAAGGCAAUUGGCUGGUUAUGUGUAUCAAUUUUUUAUUCGUCUUGGUCUUUUUCUAUUGGGUUACACGAGGUGCUGCGGUAGGUAGGUUGGAUUUGAGCAGCAGGGGAUUUGCUAGAACUGUAGAUAGGGUGUUGAACUGGAAAUCGAAGACGAGAAUUAGAACCGGAUGGAAAGUGCAUUUAUUAUUAUUAUUAUUGUUAUUGGUGUUUCCAUUUCCUUCUCCGAACCGAUUACGAACAGUGGAAAAUCGGUUCCCUCUUUCUUGUAUAUUUUAUCCCGAGAUAAACUCGAAGAUAACUUGAAUGUGAGUAUAUGGUUAUGCAUUGUUCAAAUGUGUCUCGGUUUCGAAUGUCGAGUCGUCUACUACUGUCUCAGGUUGAGCUCUUGCAAAAUGCAAUGAUUGCCAAGUUUGCAGGUUAUGGUUCCUUCACUGUGAACAAAAUACAAUCUGUUAGCGGGAUAGCACUAAGUCUACUUCUCUGCUGAAUGAUUGCCAAGUUUCAAGUCUGGGCUCUGAACGUCCGAACGUGCAUGUGGAUGCUUGGGCACAUACUUUGGGCCUGGGCUUCUCUCUCUCUCUCUCUCUCUCUCUCUCUCUCUCUCUCUCUCUCUCUCUCUCUUAUCCUACUUAAUCAUAUCACCUAGUAAUAAUAGAGCAUAUUAGCCAACGGUCAAUCGUUCAUGACUCAGUUGCUUUUUUCGCCUUUCAAGGCUGGUAAACAGCCGAUCUGAUUUCACUCCCCAACAUAAAUGACUACCUUUACCCAAUCUCUCUUUUAUUGCCUCCCUUGUCUUCGGAAUCUUAAACACAUUCUUAAUUGAAAUCAUUCAUUUGGUAUUUCCACAAGAGAGAGAGCUAUUUCCCUCUCAGCUCAAAAACAUUCCUACCAAAUUCCAAAGAGGGAAUGGCAAUGCCUGCUCUCCCCGUUGUAGCCAAAUCAGCACUCUUCAUAGCAUUCUCCAUCUUGCUAACCAUCUCCCUCUUCACCUCCUUCCCAUUCCAAAUCCCCAACUUCCUCCCCACCACCACCACCUAUCCUUCUUCUCUUCCCAUCAUCACAAGCCCCGACCCACCCGACCCAACCUUCUACGACGAGAACACCCUGACCUACUCGAUCGGGCGACCCAUCCCUGACUGGGAUGCAAAACGAGCCCGAUGGUUGAACCUCCACCCAUCGUUCUCGGUCGAGAAGAACCGGGUCAUUCUAGUCACGGGGUCUCAGCCUUCCCCGUGCAGGCACCCGACGGGCGACCACCUCCUGCUCAGGAUGUUCAAGAACAAGGUCGACUACUGCAGGAUCCACGAGCACGAAAUCUUCUACAACGACGCCCUCUUACAUCCGAAGAUGACGGGUUACUGGGCCAAGUACCCGAUCAUCCGGGCGGCCAUGGUGGCCCGCCCGGAGGCCGAGUGGGUCUGGUGGGUCGACUCGGAUGCGGUUUUCACCGACAUGGGGUUUCGAAUCCCGUUCGAGAAGUACGAGGGCUACAAUUUGGUGGUGAACGGGUGGAAGGAGCUGGUGUAUGGAGAGAAGAAGAAGAGCUGGACCGGAUUGAACGCCGGGGUGCUCUUGAUUCGAAACUGCGAGUGGUCGAUGGAGCUGAUCGACGAGUUGGUGAAGAUGGGGCCGCAAUCCGCUGAGUAUGCGGAUUGGGGGAAACGGCAGAAGGAGGUUCUGAAUGAUAAAUUGUUUCCCGAAGCCGAUGACCAGUCCGGCCUCAUUUACUUGCUUAUCAACGGCGGCGCCGGCGGAGGCCAAAAAUUCAGGGAGAAAGUCUACCUUGAAGACGACUAUGAUUUCCAGCGGUACUGGUUAGACCGAGCGGGUUCGUUCGAGAAUGCGACUCGGGACUACGACGAGGUGUUGGACGGGGAAGACGGCGGCGGCGUUUUGCGGCGGAGGCACGCCGAGGGAGUGAGCGAGUUCUACGGCGAGAUGCUCGCAGAGCGGAUCAAGGAGUGGGAUCGUAGCAAGAGGAGGUCGCUGAUCACGCAUUUUACAGGGUGCGAGCCGUGCUCCGGCGAGCACAAUCCGAUGUAUAGCUGGGAGGAUUGUUACGAAGGGAUGGUGAAGGCCCUGAAUUUCGGUGAUAAUCAGGUGCUGUGGAAUUACGGGUUCGUUCGUCGGGAUUUGAUGGAUUCUUCUCUGGUUUCUCCUCUGAUCUGAAUUGGGAAGUUAGUGAUUGUUUUUGGUAAUGGCUAUUCUUGGUUGAAAUUUAAGUAAAUUCUGACAAUUAUGAUCAAGAAUACGUUGAAUCAUGAUGAUUGGUGAUUUAAGAUAUGGAUCUUAAUUGAUAUUCAUGACAAGUGUUAUUCUUUGGUAAUAUUGCAUGGGAAGUUAAUGAUAUGGUUUGGAUUAAAUAUUUAAAUGGACAAAAAUAAAAUUAGCCUUUUGUUUUUGUGAUGCGACGAGUAUAUUAUAUGUUAGGGCGUUUUUAUUGUUUAUAGUCGGUAAAUUUAGAAUUUUUUUCACUUGUUUGAUCAUGGUUACGGAUCUAUAAAGGAUUGGAGGCAGAAAAUAAUUAAUUGUAAGUUGGCAGCUUUAACUUUGCAUCUUCUCUUUAGGGGGCAGCUUUAAUCUUGAUUAACAUUUUGUCUAAUGCUGGCAGCAUCUUUUGUUGGAACCAUCACUGGAGCUUUUCUAGCUCCAUGGUUUUAUUAUCUUUCCAUUUUUUCGGGCCCAUGAGAAGUUGUAGUAUUUUUGAAAUGUGCCUUAAUCAGUUGAGCAUGGGAAGAUUAGGUGAUAACCCUUAUAGGGAUUAGCAUCGUGAUAACUAGCAAAAAUCACUACGGAUUAUUAUAAAAUCAAUACAACUUCUAAGCUAAAUCACUACUACUUCAAACUAGUAGUAGUUUUUCCCUUGGUUAGGACGGUGCUAACUAUUGUACAAUUAGCACCGUAACCCCUCGUAUGGGAAGUUCUAAUUGAGCGAGCUAGUAUGUGGGCCGAACUUUAAGCCUAGCUAAUGAACCAUCUCGAGAGAUUACUAUUUCAACGAAAUUUAGUUGAUAAGAGAACCACGCAAAUGAGGGGUUAAUGAUAAAAGUACACGUUUGGAAAUGGGCCCGUGAUAAAAGUACACGUUUACAAUAUCCCAAUCCUAUGAAAGAAUUUUUUUAAUCUACUAUGCACAAAGAAUGAGCGAAAAUAAUAAUGAAAUCUCUAUUCUCUAUGACGAAAAAUAUAUUCUCAUUCUUCUGAUUGCCAUUAUAGCAUCGCAACCUUCAAAUCUUCUGAUACACACUAUACUAUAUUCAAUUAUUAUGGUGAAUAAAGAAUGAAGAUACAAAAACACCAGCACAACCAAAGAAUGUUAGGACUGUUGUGAAAUAACAAGGAAGAGCAAUAGACAUAAGAGUAAGAGUAGAGACACAAAAAGAGUGGGGGAUAGAGCUUUCUUAUUCAUGUAUUCCUUAGUACAAGGAGAUCAUAUAUUUAUAGGCAUACAUCACAUAACCCCUACAUUCUUACAAUCAAUAUACAUGAAUGUGAGAAUGAAUGUGAAAUAGAAAUGGGGUGGGGGGUUACAUGUAACACCCAAUUGUGCAUCUAAUGUGUCAUAUGAAGAAAUAAAUAUAAGGAGAUGAGUUACAUAGAACUUGUAACAUACCAUGGAGCAUCUAAUGUUGGUCAUCCAUAAUGAUAAUAAUAUUUUCAUAACACUCCCCCUUGGAUGACCAUUAGACAUGAAUAUGCCUCGUUAAAACCUUACUAGGAAAAACCCUGUGGGAUAAAAUCCUAGUGAAGGAAAAAGAGUACAUAAUCAUCAUAAUACGCUAUUUGAAUCUGCCUCGUUAAAAACCUUACCAGGAAAACCCAGUGGGAAAACCAUGGUUAAGGAAAAAAGAGUGCAGUGCGUAUAUGCUCCCCCUCAUGACAACAUCAAUAGUAUUGUGAACAAAUCUUUCAAAUAUUGUCAUGGUAAGCUUAUUAGUGAACAAAUCUUCUAGAUUGUCACUUUAUGCAUGAUCCAUUAGGACCAUUUUCUUCAUACAUGAUCUUCAAGAUCAUUUUCUAUGAAUAUAAUCCGCAACCACAAGUCAUUUAGACGUGUUGAAUAACAAAUCUUAACCAAACAAUUCAUAACAAGUCUCAUGAAUUGUUGACCAUUGUUCAUGAUAAGAUGAUGUUGUUAUUGUGAUUUCUUUGGAAUCUCCAUGAGAUACUUGUACGACCAUGAGUAAACAAAUUACUCAUCUAUGAUCCUCAUCGUUACCAAUAGGUAACAAAGUAUAACUUAAUGAAGUAUACAUUUUUGCUCUAACGACAUUGGCAUAUGGUACUUCAGGACCUAAUAACUCGCUUCUAUCUCAAGGCCUAAAUUGAUCUUUGUUCACUUCUAGUGACCUUAUGAUCAUUUGGCUAUUGAACGUAUGCAAUUUUUCCAUACAAAAUUGUUCUUUCACUUUUCCGACAUUGUCGUCUUGAUCCAAAAAGAAUCUUCUUAAAUCCUCCAUGUUCAAUUUUCUUUCUUUAAGCAAACCAUGCUUUAUGAAGCUCUUCUGGAGUUCAUAUCAACUAAAACAUAUGAGAUCAUUAUAAAAUAAUGUCUCGACUCUUUUCUUCCAAAUAACUAUAAAACUUAGCUAACACAAUUGUACGCAAACAAUUACUUCAUAACACAAGGUCACAAGCAAAAGGCACGUCAUACACACAACAUCACUUAACCAAACCACAUUCAUAAAUCAAACACAUAACUAAAACCACAAUAUCACGCACAUAAGCCUAUAUGUCAUUACACAAUCACACAUGCAAAAUGCAAAUGCUCUAAUGCACUUUAUUCGAAUUUAAUCACGCAAUGCUUAUACGACCACUUCCUUUAGUAGAUAUUCACUUAGAUGAAUAUACCAUAUUCAUCCAUUUUAUCUCAAUCCAUAAAAAGGAUUGUUUUAUCGAUCGAUAUUGUUCUCGAGAACUUCACAUGUUUGCUUCCGGCAAACUAAUCCUUCAAGGAGUUUCGUAUAAAUAUCAUUAUCAAGGGAUCCAUACAAAUAGGCUAUCACAAUAUCUACCAAAUGUUCAUGCUUUUUGAACUGCCAAACUAUUUAAAUUGCACAACAUAGUUGCAUCCACCACAAGAGAGUAUGUCUCUUCAUAAUUGAUGUCAGGUUUCUACCAGAAACCUCUCAUGAGAAAUUGUAUUAUAUCUCUCGCAAUUUCCAUACGCAUUUGCACAAAACCUAUUUGUAUCCCGUUAGUUUUACAUCUUCAGGUGUAAGGACUUCUGGUCCAAAACUUAUACCAAAUAGCCUAAUGCUUUCUUUUAUAUUGGCCAAUAUAUAUUCCUUUGCAUGCAUCAAUAGACUUUUACUUUUGAUCAUCUUUGUAUCUAUCACGUUCAGUGCUGCAGCAUAAUCAAAACCCUUGUCGAUAAUAAAUACACUUCGGUUCCAACUUUCUUCAUACAAGCCAAUUAAUUGAGAUCUCUUCAUUUUAAACGUUCAGGUACCUACUAUUCUUCUGGAACUAUGAUCUCAAUUUUAUGACUUGACUCUUCUAGAGCUAUUUUAUCCUCGAGUUUACCAUCUUAAUUUAUAGCUCCUUCCUUUCUCGAGGAUUUUUAUACUUGGAACCGAUUGGUCUACCACGCUUCAUGCGCUCGUUUAGACUCAUUAGAUUAUCCAAUAUGGACAUCAAUUGUAUUGGAGCAUUCACAACUGGGCAUGUGACAUAAUCACUCCUUUUAGUGAGUAAAAAGGCGUUUGGCAAUCAAUACAUUUUUUUUUCUCCAUGAAUCACCAUAUGAACUUCGGGUUCAUGUUUCUUUGUUUGAGGAUCAAAAUGCGAUAAUGAUGAUUCCAACUCACAUCUAUGCCCAACUGUUUACUUUUCUCCCCCUUAACGUUCGAGAAGUAGCUCAUCAAAAUGAUGAUAUUAGCAAAAAGAGUCAUGAACAAAUCUCUCAUUGCAUUGGACACCAUGUCCAACAUAAGUUCUCAUGGAACUCAUAACGUGUUGUGGUGGAGCAAUUGGGAUGUAUUAUGCACACCCAAAUUUUCUAGCAGUUUAAAUGUUUGGUCCCUGACCAAACCAUUUGUAUGAAAAGGGGGAACUUAUGAUAACUUGUUGGCUUCAUGCGAAUUAAUGAUAUCAUAAGCCUCGAUAAGAGAUCGAUAGACUUAGUUUGUUCUCAUAAGAGAAGUUCUGUUUGAUUGGAUAAUCAUCAAAAUAUAUCCAUCAUUCGGCAACUAAUCUCGCAAACAUCAGGUUGCGUUUAGAUAACAGACAUAUAUGACGAUAUAGUUGAUGAAUCAAUCAAAAUCAUAAAAUUCAUAUAUGAUUUGCACGUUGAGUGUAUUUUUCUGCAUACACUUUUAUAAAAUCUCAACAGAUUCAAUUAUUUUCACGAGUAUAGUCUCCUCGAGACCAUGUAUCACAUAAUCAAUCCUUUGAUUGAUGAAUUCUCUGAACUCUCACUUAAUUUCCAUAUGAUAUCUCAAUCAUUUUCACAUCUGUAUCCGGGAUGGUAUGACCGGACAUGCCAAAAUAAAAAGUUAUCCGAUCUUGCAAACUUCUGGUUUACACUUUCAUAUGUACUAAUAUACAUGUAGUACAAAUUUCUCCAGUUAAGUAUAUGAUCUCUUAUAACACAUUUCUGAUGCAAUAUCAAUUAUGAUAUUCUUUUCUGCGAAUAUCUUCAUAAUUCGGUAAUGCAUCUUCAAUUGACAGUUUAGUUCAUUCAUGUCUCAAAACAUUAGCUCUUCUGGAGCCUUCACAUAUUCUUGUACUACGAGUUGGCCAUGAGGCACCUUCUGAUUCGGUGAACUAUUGUAAGCUCAUAUACAUAGUGAUAAUAAUAUUUUCAUAAUCACCAAUAUAUUGAUUAGUUACUUCAAGUAACAAAACACAAUCUCUUCCGGAGCUUUUGCUUACUUUCAUACUAUAUGAUAUAAUACCACUAUUGACUUUUGCAAAUAUUCAUUCUAUACAAAAACAUACAAAAUAAUAAUAAUAACAAUAAUAAUAAUAAUAACAACAACAACAACAACAACAACAACAACAACAACAACAUAUAUGUGUUUCAUAACACAUUUCGACAUACGAAGGUUACAAUAUAUGAUCAUGACUUUUGCUACAUGAAUUAUCAUCCUCAUUUAUAAUUAUUUUAUCUUUCACUUCCGGUGAAAAGAUAUAUUUGUUGAUUGUCGUUAUCCAAACAACAAAUUAUAUUAAUAUAAUGGUGUGUCUCGAUCCAUUCACUUUUAAGAAUGGUUUGUUUUCAUUCGCUUCCAGGAAUGAAACAACAGCCUUUGGAUCAAAUUAUAUAAUAUUUCUCAUCAUCACAAGUCCAAUACAUUUUUCACCUUUAACUAACAAGAAAUUAACUUACACUUUGUAAAACCUCUAAGAUAAUAUUGCUACUGCAGGAGGACAUGUAGAUUUUCAUUUUUCUUUCAAAUGAUUCUUGGACCAAUAAAAAUUCUUUUCAUACAUCGGGUACAAGAUCAAUGAUUUUUCCCCAUCGCAAUGGUAACUCAUAUUCCAAUAUUUUAGUUACCAGAUCCACUUCUUUCAUUUGACACAUUUUUCUUCAUUUUUUCCACUUCGGGUGAAAAUGAGAUCCUUAGACUUUCAUUUCUCUAUAUGUCGAAUGUAGAAAUCGAUAAGUCAACCCAUAAUGAUUUUGCUACUACAGGAGCAAUUUUCAUUAUCUGAUAAUGUCCAAGCACAAACUCCAUGUUACGAGAUCGUCAUAUAUAAAAUAAUAUAAACAAAUAACAUGAUCAAAUAAUCCCUCAAAGACAAUGAGAUAGAUAAACUUACUAACAAGAAACAACAUGAAAAGUUGCAUACCUUGAUCGUGUUGUGAUCUUACUCAAGUAAGUUUUGAUUAUGUAAAGAGACAAUAACCAACCAUGACUCUGGCAGAGCUUCGUGCUGAUAACGUGUUGUGAAAUAACAAGGAAGAGCAAUAGACAUAAGAGUAAGAGUAGAGACACAAAAAGAGUGGGGGAUAGAGCUUUCUUAUUCAUGUAUUCCUUAGUACAAGGAGAUCAUAUAUUUAUAGGCAUACAUCACAUAACCCCUACAUUCUUACAAUCAAUAUACAUGAAUGUGAGAAUGAAUGUGAAAUAGAAAUGGGGUGGGGGGUUACAUGUAACACCCAAUUGUGCAUCUAAUGUGUCAUAUGAAGAAAUAAAUAUAAGGAGAUGAGUUACAUAGAACUUGUAACAUACCAUGGAGCAUCUAAUGUUGGUCAUCCAUAAUGAUAAUAAUAUUUUCAUAACAAGGACAAAUAAUAAGUCAUUAUUAGUUAAUCCUUUCCACGAUAAAACAAUCAAUCUCAUUACAUCUUAUGUAUACAAAUAAUAAGUCAUAUGUGAUAUGUUUGAAAAUUUUAAAUAACUAGCCAAAUAGAUAAACCUAUAUCGUCCUUAUCAGGGGGAAAAAUCGUAGUAAGGGAUUGUUUCUUUUUGUUUUUUCUCUAUUGAUGACAUAAACAAGGUAUCAGGCUUGAUAAUAACAAUAAUAAAAUGAAUGAGUUUCG